AUGGAUAGCUUUCUUGAAAAGACCUCUCCUCGUGUCCGUGUUCAGUUUCAUACUCAGGGAUCGUCUUCUUCCGCUGAAGAAGUGAAAAUCCCUCGAUUCGGACUCAGAGAUGUUUGGAAGGCUUGUGAAAAGUGGAGCUGUUAUGGUGUUGAAGUUCCUCUCUCCAUCGAAAACUUCAAUGAGAAGGUUAAGCAACACUAUGUUCCUUCACUCUCCGCCAUUCAGAUCUUCACCAUCAAACCCUUCGCUGAUGAUGAUUCUUCUUCAAGGAGCUCUGUGAUAGGAAGUGAUGGUACAGGGACAGGAUCUGCUAAACCUAACCCUUAUAGCGACUAUAAGCAUCGCUUCUUGCAACCUGAGCACUUAGGCUACCUUUACUUUCAAUAUAACGAGACAACAAGACCGUCCGAUAGGGGUCCUCUUACUUACAAGAUGCGGGAUCUAGCUGAGCAGCACAAUGGGUUGAAUACUCUGACAAAUUCAGAUCUUUCUCCAUAUAGCUGGAUUUCGAUAGCUUGGUAUCCCAUUUAUCCAAUUCCAGCAGUGAACAGCAGGAAGGAAUUAUCUGCAUCAUUCCUAACGUACCAUUCUUUGACGCCCUGCUUUCCAGAAAAGUUUGGUGCAGGUGAUAAGGUGAAUCAAGUAGGAAAGCCAAUUAAACCAAAAGUUGUGCUUCCUCCAUUUGCAGCAGUGGCUUACAAGGCCUUUGGUGAUAUAUGGAUCAGGCCUGGGACAUCAGAUAGGCAGAUGAUAGAGAUGCGUGAAAAAUCUGCUUCCUCGUGGGUGGAAACUCUCGACUUCACUCACAACGAUCUCAACUUCUUUAUGUCCCAUAAGAAUUAUGGCAGGCGCCGGUGA